CCCGGCAAAUCCAUGCCUGGGGCGGGGAAGGAGAGCACCAACUUUCCAAGAUCCGUAUAAUUCCCUCGUUACGGAUUCACAUUAGUAUUCACCCCACUCAAAGCAUUUCCUCCAUUCUGUGUUAACGCCGUUCUUGGAUCGAUGCCAUGCAAUCUCCGAGAGUCAGAAUGAGAAGGGAACUUCUCAGAUCCUCGUUCUUCUUUUCCACUGCCAACGCACCUUCGUGGAAUCGGUUGAAAACCUUUUUCAGAAAUAUUUCCUUCAAAGAUUCUCUUUUACAUGCAAUUGCUGGCCCCUUUUCAAAUUCUAAACCUUCUGAUUCUGAUUCCAUAAACCCCAAACCAUCUCUGCCUGUUAUUAAUGCAAGCUCAUCUAACCGCAAACCCAUUAGUUUAUGGCCAGGCAUUUACCAUUCACCUGCCACACAGGCUCUGUGGGAAGCAAGAUCCACUAUCUUCGAAAAGCACGCUUAUGUGCCUUCACAAUCGCAACUCAUUUCCAAAACACCUUCCCGCAGCAGGACGAGUAUUUUUUACGACUUCGCUUCUGACUAUGUACUCAGAGAGCAGUAUAGGAACCCUUGGAAUCAAAUUAGGAUGGGGAAGUUGGUCGAGGACCUUGAUGCUCUAGCUGGAACCAUUGCAUUUAAGCACUCUUGCAAUGAAGAUGGCACAACAAGACCGCUUAUAUUGGUUACUGCUUCCGUUGACAAAAUGGUUUUAAAGAAACCAAUUCUUGUUGACAAUGAUUUGACUAUAGGCGGUGCUGUUACAUGGGUUGGCCGGUCAUCAAUGGAGAUACAACUGGAACUCACUCAGUCAACACAAGGGAAUGCUGGUACCUCAGACACACAAGCUCUUAUAGCCAACUUCACAUUUGUGGCCCGUGACUCCGCCAGUGGAAAGUCAGCCUUAAUUAACCAGAUCUUGCCUGAAACUGAGCAAGAAAGGUUUCUCUGGGAAGAAGCAGAACAGAGGAACAGACUGAGGAAACUGAAGAGGGCAGACGCAGAAUAUAAACAUGUUCAGGAUGGAGACACUGCCAGGCUGAGUGCACUAUUGGCUGAAGGGCGUAUUUUCAGUGACAUGCCAGCAUUGGCUAACAGAGAUAGCAUCCUGAUGAAGGAUACUUGCCUAGAAAACUCUUUUAUCUGCCAGCCACAGCAACGAAACAUCCAUGGUCGUAUUUUUGGAGGAUUUUUGAUGAGAAGGGCAUUUGAACUUGCUUUUUCAACAGCUUAUGUCUUUGCUGGUGCGGCACCGCAUUUCUUAGAAGUUGACCAUGUUGAUUUCUUUAAACCUGUAGAUGUUGGAAAUUUUCUUCGUCUCAAGUCAUGUGUUCUGUACACAGAACAUGAAAACCUGACUGAACCUCGGGUGAAUGUUGAAGUUGUUGCGCAUGUUACAAAGCCUGAGCUCCGGACCAGUGAGGUAUCCAACAGAUUCUACCUGGCCUUUGCUGUGAAUCCGGAAGCCAUGAAAGGCGGUUUGAGGAUUCGGCAGGUUGUUCCGGCCACAGAAGAGGAAGCAAUUAAGGUGCUGGAACGCAUGGAUGCUGAAGACUCCAAGUUCAGUAGUUAAUCAGUAGAUUUUCACCAGGGUCAGAGCAGUAAUAUUUUUGAGAAAACAAAAAUGUGAUCCACUUACCUGUUGGACUAGAGGACAAACAAUCAGUCAUGGUUGGAAUUGACAAGAUCAAAGAUCUAUACAUGUAUUUGAAUUUCAAGCACCACUGGUUUCGGUUUGCGGGGUAAACUAAAAAAGGUGUAAAAGCUUAGUUGAAGAAUAAUGCACGGGGCCGCUUGAACGUAAUCUAGUGGCCAAAGCAAUCAGGGUCAACUGGAGACCAUCUGCAACUGAGUGUUUAACUGCAACGUUUCAUUUUCUGUUAUCUAGGUUGCAGGAGCAAGUUAUAUGUAAGCUCCUGAAGUCUGCUAGAAAUUGUCCAUUUCAUGAUAUUUAAUACAUUUGUACUUACAGAUAAGGACAAUAGUUACACUCUCGCACUGAUUCUUUCAUUUGGCCGUUGUCCUUGGGAUAUUAUUUUAUUAAUAAUGUGAAUUUUGGGGGACAA